CGGAAGUGUGUGGGGGCCGUCCCGGCGGGACCGCGGCCGCGGGGCCGCCAUGGGGGACGAUAUGGACGUGAUCCCCGAGCGGGAGAUGAAGGAUUUUCAGUUCAGGGCUCUGAAGAAGGUCCGGAUCUUUGAUGCUCCCGAUGACCUUCCCAAAGAGCGCUCCAGCCUCCUCGCGGUGUCCAACAAAUAUGGGCUGGUCUUUGCUGGUGGGGGGACCAGCCUGCAGAUCUUCCACACCAGAGAUCUUCUCAUGCAGAACCAGCUGGGAGAAGACCCCAAUAAAAUCGUGGAGAACGUCCAGAGUACCUUGGUCCCCAUGAAGUUUCCUGUGCAGCACCUGGCUCUGAGCUGUGACAAUCUCACCCUCUCUGUGUGUAUGAUGUCCAGCGAGAUCGGUUCCUUCAUCAGCUUUUUUGAUGUCCGCACGUUCCUGAAUCAGGCAAAGCAGCAGAAACAGGCAUUUGCACACCACAAACUGGCCAAGGACUCGGGGAGCACGGCCACGGUCAACGACCUGAAGUGGAACCCCGCCAGUCCCACCAUGGUGGCCAUCUGUCUGUCCGAUGGCAGCAUCUCUGUCCUGCAGGUCACAGACUCUGUGAAGGUCUAUGCCACCCUCCCGUCCUCCGUGGCUGUGACAUCUGUGUGUUGGAGCCCAAAGGGAAAACAACUGGCUGUAGGGAGGCAAAAUGGCACCGUGGUGCAAUAUCUGCCUAAUCUACAGGAGAAGAAAGUAAUCCCUUGUCCUCCUUUUUAUGACUCGGACAAUCCCGUUAAAGUUCUGGAUGUACUGUGGAUUGGCACAUACGUCUUCACCAUCGUGUAUGCAGCAGCUGAUGGGACUCUGGAAACACCCCCAGAAGUGGUCAUAGCCAUACUGCCUAAAAAGGAAGAGAAGCGACCAGAGAAGUUUGUGAAUUUCAUGGAGCCCUGCUAUGGGAGCUGCACGGAGAGACAGCAUCAUUACUUCCUCAGCUUUGUUGAGGAGUGGGAUCUGGUUCUGGCAGCUUCAGCAGCUUCCACAGAAGUCAGCAUUCUUGCCAAGCAAGGGGAUCAGAACUGGGAAUCGUGGCUUUUGGAGGACUCCAGCAGAGCAGAACUUCCCGUGACAGAUAAAAGUGAUGACACUCUGCCUGUUGGUGUUGCUGUUGACUACACCAGUAACAUGCCCAUCAUGAUCAGUGAUGACAAGAUCCUUGCCCCAGCUCCAGUUCUGAUCUUGCUCUCCACGGACGGCGUGCUCUGUCCGUUCUACAUGAUCAACCAGAACCCGGGCGUCAGGUCACUUAUUGUGACCCCAGAACCGCUGCAGCUGGCAGGGGAGAGAGUUCCAAAGUCAGCAGGAAGCACUGCCACAGCUCCAACCACUCCUCCAACUUCUCUAAAGCCUGACUCAGUAACGGGUGUUGCUCCUGCUGCUCCUGCCUCAAGUCAGCCUCCCAUGGCGGGAGGAGCAGCUGCUUUUUCCUUCAUGCCUUCGGCUGUGAAGACACCUGGCUCCUCAGGCGGUGAUCCUCCACCCUACCCCUUUGCCACGGAUGCCUCCAAGCAAGCCCAGACUCCCGCUCUGACUGCAGCAGCAACAUUCUCCUCUGCUGCUUCUAAGGCAUCCGUGACUCCUCCUGUGGGCACCACUGCAGCUGCUGCCACCUCCUUUCCCUUUGGGUCCAUGAACUUUAAACCAGCUGCGGAAAGUUCACCUGGGCCACCGCUCUCCACAGCUCCUGCUGCACAGAAGUCAUCUUUUGCACCUUCAGCUUCUUCAGUCAAAGUGAACCUCAAUGAGAAGUUCACUGCUGUAGACACCUCUUCUCCCACGAGCAGCAGUGGCCAAUGCGCUUCCACAAUGUUUUCCUUCUCAACCACUUCCAAACCUGUUUCUGGAGGUUCUCUGAGCCAGUCCAUGCCUGUCCCAGCCUCUCCUGCCACACCACUGAAGACUUCAUCCCCUGUGCCUGCCACGGCGGCACGUCCUGCUCAAAAUGUUCCUUCAGCGUCCUUAGUACAGAAGACACCCAAAAUCACCCCAUCUGCAGCAAAGCCAGGCUCUGCUCAGGGCAAAUCAGCAGCCCCCAAUGCAGCUUUAGAGAAGCAGACCCACCAGUGGAAGGAUUCAGACCCUGUCAUAGCAGGAAUCAGAGAGGAGAUUGCACAUUUUCAAAAGGAGAUGGAGGAGCUGAAGGCCCGGACUUCCAAAGCCUGUUUCCAAGUUGGAACUCCAGAGGAAAUGAAGAUGUUGCGAACCGAGUCAGAUGAUCUUCACACCUUCCUCUUGGAAAUCAAAGAGACAACAGAGUCACUUCAUGGAGAUAUUAGUAUUCUGAAGACAACCCUGCUGGAGGGGUUUGCAGGGGUAGAAGAGGCUAAAGAACAGAAUGAACAGAACCGUAAUUCGGGGUAUUUACACUUGCUCUACAAGAAACCUUUGGAUCCCAAGAGUGAAGCGCAGCUUCAGGAAAUUCGGCGCUUGCACCAGUACGUGAAGUUUGCUGUUCAGGAUGUGAAUGACGUUCUGGAUUUGGAGUGGGAUCGGCAUCUGGAACAGAAGAGAAAGCAGAAGCGUCUGGUCGUUCCUGAGAGAGAGACUUUGUUUAACACCCUGGCUAAUAACCGGGAGAUAAUCAACCAGCAGAGGAAGAGGCUGAAUCACCUGGUGAACAGCCUGCAGCAGCUCCGCCUGUAUAAUCAGACGUCCCAGUGGAGCGUUCCCAGCGAUACCUCCCUUAGCAGCGCUCAGAGUUUUGACAGUGACCUUGAAAGCCUCCGCAAUGCUUUGAUGAAAACUACCUUGAAAUCACACACCAAACCUCUGCCCAAAGCACCUGCUAAGCUGUCCCUAUUGAAGCAGGCACAGUUGAGGAAUUUCCUAGCCAAGAGGAAGACUCCACCAGUUAGAUCUACAGCUCCAGCAAGUUUGUCCCGAUCUGCCUUCCUGUCCACAAGAUAUUAUGAAGAUCUGGAUGAAGUCAGCUCAACAUCUUCAGUUUCCCAGUCGCUGGAGAAUGAUGAUUCCCAAGCAGUGGACCAGGAAGAAGAGGCUGCUCCAGUCCCAGUCCCUCGUCAUGCUCCCGUGGUCCGAACUCCCUCUAUCCAGCCUGGUUUGAUGGCUCAGUCUUCGUCCUUUGGGAAGCAGCACCUCCCACUGGUGCCCACGUCUUCAAACAGGAUCAUACCACAAGGGGCAGACAGCACAAUGCUCGCAACAAAGACGGUGAAACACGGGGCCCCUGCUCCCACUGUCACUGUUCCAGCACCACAAGCAGCAGCUGCUGCAGCUCUGCAGAGGCAGAUGGCUGCUAACCAGUCCCCAGCUGUAAGCACCUCCUUGACCGAAUCAACUCUGAAAAACGUUCCUCAGGUGGUGAAUGUGCGAGAACUGAAGUCUGGUGGGUUGACUCCAGCUGUCUCUGCAGUAAUAGGGUCAUCUGUACCUCACUCUGCAGCCCAGGCAGUUCAUCAAGUUUUGGCUACAGUUGCUACAAAUCAAGCUAAACAGACACCUCUAACAAGCUCCAUUAAGGGACAGACUCCACCUUCCUCUGUGUGUGCACCCUGCACUGUGGCAUCCACAGCUAGUCCAACAUCAUCUGUCAACAAGAUCUCAGGACAAGGGACAGUAAAGACAGUUACAGCUGUUUCUUCUACUGUGACAUCAGUACAAGCAACAACUUCCCAGCUUAACAAAGCGUUCUCGUUCUCCCCUGCGGGGCCUGUGUUUAAUUUUAGUGGUGUCACAUCAGCUGCUUCAUCACCGACGCCGUUCAGCCUCGCUUCCUCGCAAGCCCCUGCUAAAGAUUCUACCCAGCCAUUUUUGUUUGCUGGGAGUUCCAAACUUGCCCCAGUUCCCGAGGGCUCCUUUGCUUUUGGGUCCCACAAGUCAGCAAGUGCUGCAGGAGGUGUAGGAGGAAGUAGCUCCUCAGCAGAUGGCACCCAGUCAAACAAACCUGCUGCAACAACAUCUUCUGCUCCCCCCACAGCCUCUGGCAAGUUGGAUGUUGCUCCAUCUAAACCAGGAGAUCACUUGUUUCAGAGUAAUCUGGCUGGGGAAACUCUUGGGAGCUUCUCAGGACUACGGGUUGGUCAAGUAGAUGAUAAUGUCAAGACCACCACGAAAGCACCAUCCACCAGUGCUGCAGGAACGCAGUCAACUAAAGUAUCUACAAUACCUUCUGGGUUUAAUUUUGCUGCUCCCUUGACAUUAGGAAAAGCUGGAGAAGCCGCUUCAGCAUCAGUCACAUCAGCUGGCACAGCCUCUGGGUCCAUCAGCACUAGUGCCACAGGCAGUCUCUUUGGCAGUGUCCAGUUAACCAGCACAGGGUCCUCUGGGGUGUUUAAUCUUGGAGGCUCUAGUGGCAGCAAACCCACCUUUUCAUUUGGUAUUCAGCAAACAAACAGCACGACCACAUCCACCUCUACCCCUUCUACUCUCUCUGCUUCAACGUCCCUCUCGUUUGGAAGUUUCUCAAGUCCAUCACAAACUGCUGUCCCUGCUGCAACUUCUAGUAAGUCUGCAGGGGAUGCCAAGUUACCAUCUGUGUCAGAGAAACCGUCUGAAAAUGAAGCUGUAGCAGCUGUGUCUUCACCUCCAGCGGCACAGUCCCCUCAGCCACAGCUCUCAGAGCCUGUGAAAGAACCCACCUUACCCCAGGCCACAGCUGGGGACACCGUCCUGGAGGGCUCUGGCACCACCACGGCGGCACCACCUGCCCCUGAGGCCGUGGCUGCUCCUGCCUCCACCGGUGAUUUGAAGGCCCCGGUGCCUCCUGCCAUCUCUGCAGCCACCCCACCAGAUCAGAGUGUCUCAGCACCCACCUCUGCAGCAAAUGUUGCCUCUCCUGCAGAAGCCACAGGUGUGUUGGCUGCUCCCUCUGAUGUUACUACAGCUGUGCAGAGUCCGGCUGUGGGUGCCCCCGUGUUUGCCCCCACUUCUGCAGGCUCCUCGGUGUUCUCUCAGCCUCCAAGUUCCAGCCCUUCUGGCUCAGCAUUUAGCCAGCCUGCUGCUGGUGAUGCAGCUGCCACUCCUUCCACACCCCCGGUUUUUGGGCAGCUCCCAGCAGGUACCACGGCAUCCUCUCCGUUCGGGCAGCUCACCACCAGCGCUCUGUCCACCGCCACCACGCCGGCCGCCAGCUCGGGCUUUGGUACUUCUGCUUUUGGCACCACCACGACGGGGGGCUUUGGUCAACCAGCCUUUGGGCAGGCACCCAUCUUUGGGCAGCCUGCCAGCAGUUCUUCAAGUGGCUUUACCUUUAGCCAGUCUGGGUUUGGGACAAUGCCGGCCUUUGGCCAGCCGGCGGCUUCCACGGCAGCCUCGAGCAGCGGGAAUGUUUUUGGAGCGCCGGCUAGCACCAACAGCUCCAGCUCCUUCUUUGGACAACCAUCUGCCAGCACUGGACUCUUUGGACAAAGCACCCCUGCGUUUCGGCUGAGCGCUGGCUUUGGGCAAGGGGGAUCUGUCUUUGGAAGCACCGCCACUGUCACCACCACCACGUCGUCUGCUGCCUUCAGCUUCUGCCAGGCUUCAGGUUUUGGUUCUAGUAACACAGGUUCUGUGUUUGGGCAAGCAACUAAUUCUGGAGGCACUGUCUUUGGCCAGCAGCCAUCUUCUUCCAGUGGAGGUUUGUUUGGAGCUGGAAGUGGUGGGAGAGAUGGAGGCUUCUUCAGUGGUUUGGGAGGAAAGCCAAGUCAGGAUGCAGCCAAUAAGAAUCCCUUCGGUUCCUCCAGUGGAGGAUUUGGAUCUGCAGCUUCCCAGAAUUCUUCCAGCUUAUUUGGAAACAGCGGAGCAAAGACUUUCGGAUUUGGCAGCUCAUCUUUCGGAGAGCAGAAGCCCACGGGCACCUUCAGCUCUGGUGGUGGAAGUGUGGCCUCCCAAGGCUUCGGGUUCUCCAGUCCAAACAAAGCAGGUGGCUUCGGUGCUGCUCCAGUGUUUGGCAGCCCUCCCACUUUCGGGGGAUCCCCUGGGUUCGGAGGGGUGCCAGCAUUCGGUUCAGCCCCAACCUUUUCAAGCCCUCUGGGCUCAACGGGAGGCAAAGUGUUCGGCGAGGGUACUGCAGCAGCCAGCGCUGGAGGAUUUGGGUUUGGUGGUACCAGUAACAACACAGCAUCGUUUGGCACCCUGGCAAACCAAAAUACCCCCACGUUUGGAUCCCUGUCGCAACAGGGCACCGGCUUCGGCACACAGAGCAGCGGAUUCUCAGCUUUUGGGACAGGUGGAGGAGGGUUUGGUUUUGGUUCAGCUAACACAUCUUCCUCUGGAUUUAGUGGAUGGAGAAGCUAGGAAGGUGCUGAACUCUCCUGUAGAACUGUGCUGUAGCUCCUGCCUUCUUGAGUCACCUACAAGAUCAAUAUCCAACCAGCUUUUCUUUUAAAUACGAGUUCUCAGACUUUUUUUUCCCUUUUUUUUUUUUAAGAAGAAGAAGAAAAGAUUUUGCUUAUUUUUAUGCAAUACUUGUUCUCGCUCUAUAUUAAACUAUUUUAUCUGCCUUG